GGAUUGAAUAUCAGACUGGGAUAAUUCCCGAAGGGUCGUGGUUAUCGCCUUGCGGAGUGCUCUUUUAUUAGUGCUUUGAAGGAUCGACAUGAGUUCUGCCUGCCCCUGGACCAAAAAUGUGAGCGAAGAUCAAUGCUUCAAGUUGGUCGAGCGAGUCUAUGUAUCGCUGAGUCCGACAAACCGGCUCGGUUAACAAGUGCAAUUGUAGAUCCGCGAGCAAUGUUCAGUGAACGACGGUGAUCGUAGAUCAAAAGAUGCGACGGGUUUAGGCGUCUAUUCUCCGGUCCUCUACUUUUCCCAACCUCUGGAGUCUGGAAGCCUCUGCAUACUUUGUUUACUUGCAUUUAGCGCCCAUGGAGACCACGUCACUGGUAACUCCAAGUCCUCCGGAGCCACCACCUGAUGAACACCACAGUCGCGCACCAGAAUUUUACGGCUUUGUAGCCUGGACUUCCACGUCCAUCGUGUUUGUUCUCUAUGUGCUAUGGGCACUGCUACCAGAUGACUAUAUUGUCUGGCUGGGCGUGGAAUGGUAUCCGAGUAGGGAGUGGGCUCUGCUUCUCCCGGCAUACUCCAUUGUCAUCGUGCUUUUGACGUACUUUGUCUAUUUUGCCAUCGCCAUCGCACGUACUCCAGCCUUCUCUGACCCUAGCACGUUUAUUGACAACAAAGCCCACCUUCCUGCGCCAGGCGCAGAUCAGGAUUUCAAACAUGCUGAUCCGGAUGCUAUCCCUGAGCUGUACGACAUUCCGAUCGGGCUGGUCAAUCGUGUGUUGUACGGACCGUGUCGUUCCCAAAACGAAAAGAGGCCGCCACAAGAACGCUCAAGCAACGGCGGCAAAAUUCAAUUAUCCUCUAAAACCCCAUAA